AGAAUCACACAAUAUACAUGUAUAUGUAUUAUAACUAUAAAUAUGAGCAUUCAGGCGAAAUAAAUAUCACAUGAGUCAAAAAUGGAGGGUAAUAAUUUACUUGUUCAUUUGUUUAACAUCUUUUCGUUAGCACAUUCUUUUACGAACUUUGGAAAUGUCGGAUUUGCUGACCGUGCUUUUGUGUCUGUGUGGAACUCGCCUUCUGCAGUCUGCGAGAGAAAGUUUGGUGUUGAGUUGGAUUUAUCAUAUUUUGAUAUUGUGGCGAACCAGAACGACACUUUCAUUGGAGACGAAAUCGUGAUUUUCUACGGAAGCCGAUUAGGACUAUAUCCGAAGAUUGGCGCAGAUGGAACAUUUAUCAAUGGAGGCUUGCCACAGCUAGCAAACAUCACAGCUCACUUGUUAAAACUCGAACAAGAUGUAGAGCACUACAUGCCGAAUGUAGGCUUCAAUGGACUGGCUGUUAUUGACUGGGAGUCAUGGAGACCAAUGUUUAGACGGGAUUAUUAUAAUACUGGCAUGAGGAGGUACAUCCGGGCAUCCGAGGACCUCGUUCGCAACAAACAUCCUGAUUGGCCCAAGGACAAGAUCCGGGAAGAGGCGCAAAAAGAAUUUGAAACUGCUGCAAGAGAAUUCAUUGAAUCUACCUUAGUGACAUGUAGGAAAUUGCGACCUCAUGGUUACUGGGGCCUUUACCUGUUUCCCAAUUGCUACAACCGAGCUGAGGGACAAAUUCAUUGUUCUAAUGCAACAAUACAAAUGAAUGACAAGUUGGGCUGGAUGUUUCAUGACAGCACAUCGUUGUUUCCUUCCUUAUACCUUUCCGAAUCAAGGACUCACGCCGAUAGAUACGAUUAUGUUUGUGGCGAGCUGAAAGAAGCUCUUCGAGUGAAGAAAAACUAUGGGAGUGAAUAUUUACCAUUAAUUGUUCCUUAUUCUACGUAUUUUUACAGAGGAGGGCAACAGAAAUUCUAUGAUCUGGGAGACCUUAACAACACAAUUCAGCAAGUAGCGGAAGCUGGUCUAAAUGGUAUUGCAUUGUGGGGUAGUUCAUCUUGGUUUAGAAAUGCAAGUGACUGCACACGUUUGCGAGAUUACCUAGACUCCACCCUUGGCCCUUUUAUAAAAAAUGUCACGAUCAAAGCAUGGAAAUGCAGCAAGGAACUUUGCAAUUCACACGGAAGAUGCUACAAAACUGACUGGAAUUAUAAAUCCAAAACGUCAGAUACUCUUUUAUUUGAAUCUUCUUCAAAUGGACUCUUUAGAGAAAUGAUUGAGAAUCUUAUGAGCACACUAUCAAAUGCAUUUCGAAGAAUGAAAAAGGUAGUUGGUUAUAUAACCCUCGAGGGCAUCAACCAAGAGGCCCUCCGUGAGAAAUAUCCAGGAUUCUCGUGUUACUGUUUCCAGGGUUGGAAAGGACAGUUUUGCAAAGAAAAACAGUUUUGGUCUUAAGUUUAAAGUUCAGAUGAUUCUUACUUAUAAAAUGAAAUCCUUAUAACAAGAAAGACAAAACCUGUUUUUAGAAAUACCGGUAUUAUAACCGAUACCUACAAUGACCGUACAUAACGUUUUCAAUUCCAUCGUUAAAAUUGUUUUUCCCCACCUGAUUUCGACUGUAUGUAUUGCUCGCGCAUUUAGUUCCUAUAUACAGUGGCAAUAUAUACCAGCAAUCCAGAGACCCGUGGUUCGAGCCCCGGCUGUGGCCUGCCGAUUUUUUCAUGUGAUUUUUUUCUGUGUACAGUAGCUUAUAUAUAGAGACUUCAAAACGGGAGUAAAUGCUCCUAUGUCGUAUGCUGCACUUUGUUUUCGUUCAAUGUCAUUUAUACAUACUCCAAAUUUUCAAUUGAAAGAACUACUUUUCCUGUAAGUAUGUAUCUCGUGUACUCAGUUUUGUUUUGUCUUCCUCCGCAGUGCUUCUGCUUAUGCUAAAAUGCUAAAAAGCUUCGACGUUGGGCUUAUAUAUAUUGUUAAAUACACCAGAUCUAUAUACAACGGAUCUUUUGGCAGAUUUAGAUAUUUAUAUAAAAAAAAUCUUUAUAAAUUUAAACUUUACCAAAAUAAGAAAAAUAAAUAAAUCAAAUAAAAUGAAAAUUAAUAACAGACAGUGAUCUUUACCGCAUAGUAAAUCACUUGAUCUUUGUGAUCAUUUGAUCUUUUAUGAGAAUUUUCAUUUAAUUCGUCAUACAACUUUGAUAUUUCACAUAAUUAUAUAUACCAAGUACAAGUAGAUAAUGACGAAAGAAAAAAAGUAAAAUUUUACCAAUUCAUCGAUUGAAAA